AUGAAUGACCGUUUCGGCAAAGGCAAAGGGCAGGACAUGCGGCGCGGCAACAACCAGCAGCCCAACGCGAUCCAGCGCAAAGGGCAAAACGGCGAGACGUACGUGACCAACGAGAAGCAGGACGCGGCGUGGGUCAAGAUGCGCAGCAUCACCGAGCAGGGCGCGCUGGACGAGUUCCUCAGCACCGCCGAGCUGGCCGGCACCGACUUCACGGCCGAGAAAAUGAACAACGUCAAGAUCAUCCACACGGACCAGAAGAACCCCUACCUGCUGUCGGCGACCGAGGAGCGCGCCGCUGUGCGCAAGCAAAACGCCCACCGCAAGAACCUCACCGUCCCGCGCCGCCCCAAGUGGGACGAGACGACGACGCGCUGGGAGCUCGACGCCCGCGAGCGCGAGAGCCUGCUGCAGUGGCGUCGCGGCCUCGCCGAGCUGCAGGAGAGCAACGACCUGCUGCUCACGCCCUUUGAGCGCAACAUUGAAGUCUGGCGCCAGCUGUGGCGCGUCAUUGAGCGCUCCGACCUGGUCGUGCAGAUUGUCGACGCGCGCAACCCGCUGCUGUUCCGCUGCGAGGACCUCGACCGCUACGUCAAAGAGGUCGACGCCAAGAAGCGCAACUUGCUGCUCGUCAACAAGGCCGACAUGAUGACGCUCGAGCAGCGCGAGAUGUGGGCCGACUAUUUCGUUUCUGCCGGCAUCAACUUCCGCUUCUUCUCGGCCGAGCUGGCCAAGGAGCUGAACGAGGCGCGGGAGCUCGAGGAGGACGGCGAGGGCUCGUCGGAAGAGGGCGACGACGACGACGCGCUGGAGGGGGAUGAGAACGCGCUUGCGCGCGAGGCCAAGAAGCUGGACGUGCAGGACAAGGAAGAGGAGGCGGCCAAGUGGGUGGACGAGGAGACGGUGGGCGCGGGCGGGCCCAGCAGCUCAGGCGGGGUGCCGCUGGACGGAGUGCCGCUGGCCGACUCGGAGCGCACGCGCAUCAUGACGACGGACGAGCUGGAAGCGCUAUUCCUGGAGCACGCGCCGGAAAUCGGCACGGGCCCAGAGGGGCAGCAGGCACGAAAGACGCAAAUCGGGCUGGUGGGCUACCCGAACGUGGGCAAGUCGUCGACCAUCAACGCCCUCAUCGGCGCCAAGAAAGUCUCCGUCUCGGCCACGCCCGGCAAAACAAAACACUUCCAGACAAUCCACCUGUCGGACAAAGUCGUGCUAUGCGACUGCCCCGGUCUCGUCUUCCCCAACUUCGCGACCACCAAAGCCGAGCUCGUCUGCUCCGGCGUGCUGCCCAUCGACCAGCUGCGCGAGUUCACGGGCCCCGCGGGGCUGGUGGCGUCGCGCAUUCCGCAGGCCUUCCUCGAAGCCAUCUACGGCAUGACGAUCCACACGCGGCCUUUGGAAGAAGGCGGAACCGGGAUCCCGACGGCUGAGGAACUGCUGCGCGCGUACGCAACAGCCCGCGGCUUCUCGACGCAAGGGCUGGGCCAGCCGGACGAGAGCCGCGCCGCGCGCUUCGUGCUCAAAGACUACGUCAAAGGCAAGCUGCUGUACUGCCACCCGCCGCCAGCGGACCCGCCCAUCGACGGGCGGCACUUCAACCGCGACCUGUACAGCGCCGCACACCUGCCGGAGAAACGGCGCGCCAUGCUCGCGGCCAAGGAAGAGGCGCUGCUGCACGAGGGGCACGAAGGCCACGAUGGCGCCGACGCCUCGCUCAUGGACGACCCCGACAUGCUGCCCCUGCCCCUGCCCCAGGGCGAGAAGGGCAAGAACCUCGACAAGCGCUUUUUCGGGCCCGGCACGGGGCACGCGCACCUCGCGAUGCCGUUCCACGAGAAGUACACGGAGCAGGGCCGGGCAGCGGGGCGGCAGCUCAGCGGGCGCAAGGCGGUGGUCAUGAGUGCGUUGGAGCGGGAUCUCGAUCCCGACGAGGUCAAGGCCGCGGGCAGGGGCAAGAAGCAUUUCAAGGGGAAGAGGAAGGUCAAGGUUCGGAAUAUGGGGGGUGGGUAUGAGUAG